UUUCGACUUCGCAUAUUGAUAGCUGUAUCGUCAAUACAAAUAAAUAAUUAACGGAAAUGGUAACAAUGAACAUUAAAUAAUCACAAUGUAUAACAUUUGUAAUGUGGACUGUUUAGUGUAUUAACAUUUCUAUGCUGAAUCAGAUUGAGUACACAGAGUGAGAGAAAAUGACAUAAAUAAUGUCUGGAGGUAAUUCAAAGAAUAAGUCGCGAUCCAAGCGACACGAGGGAUGGGAGGAGGCUGGUGGGGAGUUCUACCAGGAGUUGUACCCUGGUGGAGAGCAGGAACUCUUCGACAACCUCCAGAGAGCCGAUGCAGCGAAGUUGGCAACGUUGCUGCCUUCCAAACAGGCUAGAAAUACUACAACAGCGAAGAGAACCAGAUCUCAAAAUGAGCGUCGACAGUCAACGUAUGCGCGAACGACGCAAAGCAGAGACAUACACCUCUCUAUGUUGCCAGAUCUAUCUGAAAAUCUAUCAAAUGAGGAAAGGACCUGGGAGGAAAUUAUGCAGAUUAAGGCUAUGCCUGUCCCGAUGCAUCAGAAAAGGGACCUUAAAGCAAGGCUACAGAACGCCACAAAACUCCGUUUACAAGGCUUCGAGCAGCUUCAAUGGCGGCAACGGAAAGUGUGGCACCGAUUCAGUAUUCGAUUUACGGAAAUUGUGGGGAAAUUUGAAUUAUGGCAGUCCGCGUUACGGGAAAUCGAGGGGAAAUUUGGCGUCGGUGUCGUGUCAUAUUUCCUCUUCCUGCGAUGGUUGUUUUUCCUUAACAUUGCCAUAUCUCUAUUCGUAAUUGUAUUUUUAAUCCUGCCUCAAGUGUUGCUAGUCGAAAAUAGUCUCUUAUGUAAUGAUACGUAUCCGAAUUCAACAAUCUGCUGUUCCGAGGCCUACUUCAACCGGAACUUGACUGGAAAUAAUAUGAUUUUAGACUUAAUUCAGGGGACUGGGUGGAUGGAACGAACCAUUUUGUUCUAUGGCGUGUACAGCGAUCAGAUCUAUUCGUAUUUCGUGAAAAAUCUAUGGGAGGCCGAAAUGUUCUUCAACAUGCCGAUGGCGUUCAUCCUGGUCCCCAUUUGUUGGGCCGUUUUCUCUCUAAUUGCGAUAGUGAACGCCGGGGCGAAGGGGUUCAAGGAACGGCUGAUCGAGAGCGAAGGCCAGUUCUACAUGUACUGCAAUCUGGUUUUCGGGGGUUGGGAUUUCUGUAUCCACAACGAAAAGUCCGCUAAAAUUAAACAUAAAGCGCUGUAUAACGAAAUUAAAGGGUGUUUAGAGAAGGAACGGUUCAACGAGGAGAGACAGUUGAGGAGCAAAGAGAGCCAUCUCCUAAUGCAUUUAAGACGUAUUUUAGUUAAUUUGUUAGUGCUCAUUAUAUUAGUUGCGUCUGGGGUUUUAAUAUAUUACGCCUUCAAUUAUUCAAAGGAACUACUCGACGAACAAGCAUCUGGGCUCGAGUACGUAAAUCGGACGGUCGAGAGCUCGACGUUAGAGCUGUACAGGGAAGGGUAUACGUUCGGAAGAUUCCAGAACACAGUACUGGAAUUCCUUCCAUCCAUAUGCAUUGUCGUCCUGAACAUAAUUGUCCCAGAAAUUUUCGAGCAUCUGAUUCAUUACGAAAACUACAAUCCCGCGCAUGUCAUCUUUAUAUCUUUACUUCGGACAGUUUUGUUAAGAUUAUCAUCGUUCGUUGUGUUGUUGAGCCAAAUUUACAUACAAAUAACCGACUCGAAUAGGAUCCUGUGCUCGGUGUACACGGACGAAGGCCGGCUCGAAUGUUGGGAGACUUAUUUCGGACAGCAGUUGUACAAAUUGAUUUUAACAGACUUCGCUGUCCAAUUUGUGAUGAUAUUCUUCAUAAACUUUCCACGUUCGUUCAUCGCUCGUCAUUCGCAUAGCAAUUGCCUCAAAGUGAUCGGCACGCAACACUUCUAUCUGCCAAAACACGUUCUCGAUAUCGUAUACGUCCAGACAAUUAUAUGGAUGGGAGCAUAUUUCUGUCCCUUUCUUCCUUUGAUCGGAUUAGUUUACUCCUUCCUAAUAUUCUAUAUGAAGAAAUUCGCGUGUUUGGUCAACAGUACUCCGUCGCCCAUAGUUUACAAAGCGUCUAAAUCGAAAUCCCUCUUCAUGUCGUUCCUACUAUUGGGUUUCGUGAUAUCCAUAGCGCCCGUCGCUUACGCUAUUGCUGAAAUCAUGCCGUCGAUAAACUGUGGACCUUUCAGAGGUUAUUCCACAGUAUGGGAGUAUGUUGUCAUAACGUUUGACACAUUCCCGAAUAUUCUUCGUGAAUUUAUCUUUUUGCUGGGGACUUCCACGUUCGCCGUGCCCGCGUUUGCCGUGUUAUUAUUCUUUUUAUAUUAUUAUUGGGCGGUCGCAACGGCUAAUAGGCACAUGGUGACUGUUCUCAAGAAUCAGUUGGUGCUGGAAGGGCACGAUAAGCAAUUCUUGUUGAACAGACUGAGCGCGUUUAUCCGGCAGCAUCAGAAACGGUGCGAGAGAAACAGGGCUAGCUUCGCGGAUGACGAUUCGGAACAGAACAGUUCGAGAUAAUUUCUCUAUCGAUAACAAUUCGUGUUUAUUGUAAAGUAUAUGUCUAUUAUGAAAGUCUAUAUAUACACAUUUCAAUAGCUCUCUAAAUAUCUCAGAAUUUUUAAAUACAAUACCAAGUUAUGGUCGAAAAAUAUACACAUCUUUAACAGCGAACACAGUAAUCUACAUCGGAUAUCUACGUAAUCAAAUUCAAUUUCUUUGUGGUCGUUUUGUAAAUAUCAAAAAUUGUUUUCGUGGGCACUAUAAUCUUGUAAAAUAUAUAAAUAUGAGAAUAUAACGUAGAACAUAUGUCGGGUUUAAGGAUAGGUACUUUAGAUUGUUUUUUUAACGAGUUUUAUGUUAUUAUUCGUUUGUUGGCGUCUAAGCAAAAUUAUUACGUGAUUUCGAACUUUAUAUUGGAACCAAAUUAUAUUACUCUAGGAUUUUUAUACUAUCCAAUUACCCAAAAGUUGGAAGCUGCUCAAUUUGUACGACAUUUUUUGUCUCCGUUGUGGGUUUUGGGCGAAAGUGCCAAAUUUAUAUAUUCUUUUAAACUUCAAAGCCUGCCCAAAGUGUUGUGUCUGAUAAAAAGCACUGUAUCUUGACUAAACGCUUAUUUAAGGGAAAUAAUUUUUGAGUCCCCAUUCAGCGUUUCUUAUGAUAAUGUUUUAAGUGAUUUUUACAAUUUUAUAUAGAUUAUUUUUAGUUUUACAUUUUUAAUAAGUUUCUAUUGAGAUUCUUGUAUUAUCUUGUAAACAGUUUUAGUCUGUCCUAUUGCCAAUCUUAAUAACUGAUAAUUAGAAAUCUGAGACAAAAAUUUGAGUUUUGGUGAAUUUUCGCUCACUUUGUCACCUUAAGAUUUGGUUAUUAAAAUUGGUAAUUUAGUUUUAGUUUUGCGUCUUCGCAUUCCACUCCUGUCCAUUCUUAGUGCAAAUUUUUAGUGAAUUAUAUUCCUGACUAGCAUUUAUAGAUGUAGUGAUCUCAUUUUAUCAUCUCGCACCAUGAAGCAAUUACUUAGUAUAAAUUUAUCUUAUUUAUUGUUCUAAAACUUCAACCCUCUUAUAAAAUAUACAUAUAAUAAAUUUAACAAACAAGGCAUGAACAUAAAGUGCAAUUGGACGGAUUUAGGGAUAAAGUACCAAAUAGCUAUGCAACACAUAAAUUAUUUGGAAGAUAAAAGUUCCGAAUAAGAAACUUCGCGUUUCAUCGGACUCAUAACUUAUGAUGGACUUUAUGUGACGAAUAGCGCUAUGUGACAGUCGUGAAAUGCAACAAUAGUGUUUAUCCUACCAAUAAGUAAUAAAUAGCUUAUUUGGAACUUAUGUAGAAACAGACCCUUAGUGUUAAUAAAUAAGGGAUAUGUCGUAUGUCGAUGCCAUCGAUAGUGAAAGAUUCUGAAUGUUCGAACGCAUACAAUUUGUAGAGUAAACCUUUCCAAUGAUAAAUGUCCGUUCUUCCAUUUUGUUCCAAAUGCGCCCACGGAGCGCUCUUUCAGUUUACAAUACAAGAAUCUAUUAAGAUGAUAUGUUUUUAGCCUUUGUCCACGUGGUCCGAGCUAAAGGUAUUACACGAAUACCUAAGGUGGUGUUUUAGUAAGCCAGAUACUCUAAGAUGACAUAUUUGUGCAUAUGAUUUUUAUCUAAGAAAUUGCUUUGUGUGUUUUGAUACUAUCUUAUGAAUUUCGCAACUAUUGUACAAUUAGAUUUUUUUAAUAUACACAUUUAAUUAAUCGUGUUAAUCAAAUAAUAUUAUUUCGGUAUAAUUGUGAAUAAUAUUUUUGUUUAAAAGUUCCUAAAAUCAAGUUUUGUCCCUUUUACAUUAAUUUUCGUCACAAAUAUAAUACGAUAGUUUAAGUUUAUUUAUUGUAUAUAAUCUCGUUCAUUUACUAAAAGCAGACUUUUAUAUAAAAAAAAUUAGGAAAUAUAUACUUAGUCCGAAUAUUAACCAAACUUUUGUUUGAUGUUUUGGGGUUUUCAAAUAACUUUUCAGUUUUCGACUGUUUCGAGCUUUACUAGCGAUCUAUAGCAGUUAAUUAUUAAUUAAAUAUAUCUCAAAUAGCUGCUAAUAUGUAAUCCAUGUCAUAUUAAACAUUUUCAACAUUUUUUUUUAUAUAAGAGA